CAGGCGCGCGGAAACAACAGAGAGAGACGUCACCCGCAAUUUUUGUGUACAUAGCGAGAGAGAGAGAGAGAGAGAGAGAGGGAAGCACAGACCUCGACGACGUCACGGGAUUUGGUUCUUUUUGACCUCAGAGAAGGAGAAAAGCUUCUCCCUGCAGGGAAGGAAGAAAAGAGUCUGGAAAGACAGGAAACUCUGCGGGAUCGCCUGUUUCCUGGCGUACGGAAGCCUAUCUCUCUUGGAAUUCGUCGUUACUUUUUUCUGGCGAUCUCCGGUUAUUGUUUCGGAUGCCAUCGCGAGCUAGCGAAGAUUCGUGCCGCCGAUCGCGGGAUCCGAGGGGGGACUAGAGCUCCGGCAUGCCGCGGUCGCGGGCCGCUUCUUCCUGUCACUUAUGUUCCGGCGCUUCCGGAACUUCAUCGGUCUGAAUUCCAAGGGCGCUGCGGCCGUCACGCCCACGAGACGGUUGAUUGAUGCGGGGUCGGUGCAUCGGGGGGCUGCGGUGAAUCCGGGCAUGUUUGAGUUGGCGCAGGAGGUCGGGGUCUAUAUCCACAGGUUCCACAAUCUUGACCUGUUCCAGCAAGGAUGGUAUCAGAUAAAAAUUACUAUGAGAUGGGAGGAUGGUGAACAUAGAUCACCUGGAACGCCGGCACGAGUCGUUCAGUAUGAAGCGCCAGAUUUAGGUAGUGAUGAUAUCUAUACCAUUUGGAGAAUAAGUGACAUAGAUCACAGUUUUUCGACUCAGCCUUUCCGAAUCAAAUAUGCAAGGCAGGAUGUGCAUCUUUCUGUGAUGAUAUCCUUUAAUUUAGCUCUAGAUCUGGAUGAGAGUUCAUCGGCUUCUGCGGUAAUACUGAAAUUUGAGCUUCAUUAUGCUCCAAUAAGUGAAGACAUUUCUGAACUGCAGGCUUCUCUGGAUUCUUCAACUGCUGCAGUUCAUGAACUUCGUGUUCCUCCAAAAGCACUUCUAGGCUUGCACUCAUACUGCCCUCUUCACUUUGAUGCGUUUCACGCAGUCCUUGUAGAUAUGAGUAUGCAUACAGUCCUUCUGAAAGCUGGAACUUCUGUGACUCCGCAGAAGCUGAUCAGUGAUCAUCAGAUAAAUGAAAUCUUUGCUGUUGCAGAGUAUGGUGAACAUUAUCAGGCUUCAGGAGGAGGACUAUCACUUGGCAGAACAGAACUCAAAUGUGUGAAGGCAUUGUAUGAUUCACGUAACAUACUUCUUGAAGAACUAGAGAAGCUCAGCAAAAUAUUUGACUAUGCAAUUGAUGAUUUGGUGGAUGUUCCAUCCGGUAUGAGUUGGAAUCAGAUGAUUUCAUAUCCUUCGCAACGGCAUUCAAACACCCUGGAUUCUGGGAGUAUGAAAGAAAGGAAUGAGGGUAGACAGGAUGAAAAUGAAUCUAAUUCUCUUCAGAAUGUAAGUGGGAGGAACGAUCUUGGUGCUAAUGCAGUUGUAAUGAAAUCACUGUCCAGUGAAGAACUUCUGGAUGCAUUUCAUUGCCUGGGGUACCAACUUUCUUUGAUAUGGAAUGCAUUUCUGAAGUUCCACAGAAUGAACAGAGCAAAGAUUGUUGAAUAUCUUCGUGAAGUAUGGAGCAAUGAUAGGAGGGCUGAAUGGUCAAUAUGGAUGAUCAAUUCCACAGUAGAAACCCCUAGUCACAAGAUUAAAAAUGGGGUUGAAGCAUCUCAUUAUGCAGUGCUUGGAAAAGUUAAUGUCCUACGGAAGGCGGGUGAUGAUCCGUUGCAAAAUGUUAUCUCUCGUGCUGAGCUACACAGACGGACUAUCGCACAAAUGAAGAUCAACAAUCGCUCGAUUCAAGACAUGUACAUUUUUGGCGAUCCUUCUCAUGUUCCAGUUAUUGCUGUAGAGCAACACAAAAUCAAAAGUUUGGAUAAGGGAGUUACUGGAAGUUUGUUGAUCAACAAUGCCGAGUUGAAAGAUAAUUCUGAUUCACAUGCCAGACCAGUUUCUAAGCAUGUAUGGAAGUCAGUUGGUACUGGACGAAGAAGAAACGGUCGUCAAUUGUCAUUCGUGGUCUUUGUACAUGGAUUUCAGGGGCAUCAUCUGGAUUUACGGCUUGUUCGGAACCAAUGGCUGUUGAUAGAUCCUGGAGCAGAAUGUCUCAUGUCAGAGGUGAAUGAGGAUAGAACAACGGGAGACUUCAGGGAAAUGGGUGAAAGGCUGGCAGAAGAAGUGGCUCGUUUCCUGAAGAAGAAAAUGGAAGCAAGAUCUGGAACAUACAAAUGUGUCAAGCUGAGCUUUGUUGGGCAUUCCAUAGGAAACCUCAUUCUUAGAAGUGCCAUAACAGAGCCGGUAAUGGAGCCAUAUCUAAAAUACCUACACACUUACAUGUCAAUUUCUGGUCCCCACCUUGGAUAUUUAUACAGCUCAAACACUUUGUUCAACUCUGGACUAUGGCUUCUCAAGAAGCUCAAAGGAGCUCAUUGCAUCCACCAGCUUACUUUUAGUGAUGAUGCUGAUAUGCACAAUACGUUUCUCUACAAGCUUUGUAAGCAGAAGACAUUAGAGAAUUUCAAGAACAUAAUCCUGCUGUCCUCACCACAGGAUGGCUAUGUUCCAUAUCAUUCAGCUCGGAUUGAGUUCUGUCAGGCAGCGACCUCUGACUCAAAAAGAGGAUCAAUUUUUUCAGAAAUGUUAAAUUCUUGCUUGGAUCAGAUCAAUGCACCCUCCAUAGAGCCGCGCACAUUCAUGCGUUGCGAUGUUAACUUUGAUACUUCUACUCAGGGCAGAUCUUUGAAUACAAUAAUUGGCCGUGCUGCACACAUUGAGUUUCUGGAGACGGAUGUUUUUGCAAAAUUUAUCAUGUGGUCCUUUACGGAGCUCUUCACGUGACCUUUAGUAACAUAUUCUGCAUCAUCUGUAAAUCCACCCCACGUCGCUAACAUGCCUGGGGUGCCUGUUUUAGUGGGCAAUCUUGGCAGGGUUGUAGAUUUUAUCUUUGUUCCUAGCAAUUCUUUUUGUGGGCAUCAAUAUCGUAACCCUAAAAUUAUGUAUUUCCCCGCAUGUUCUGAUCCUAAAUUGGGGGUUAGCAAAAGUUUUUGUCGGGGCAAAAGAAAUGUAAAUUUGGCCUUCUAGUGGUGCUAUUUUUCUUUAUUAUUAGGUUUUACUGAAAUUGUAAAUUAUAUGGAUUGGUUUUGUGACAGUUCGGUCACAUUUGGAGAGCCAUCACACGGUUUCACAUCAAAUGGUUGGAAGGUCUAUUCAUUAAUAAUCAGAUGUUAGCUUGUAGAGCUUGGGGUUCC